AUACAAUGACACAAGUCAUUUUAAUGAUAUUUGCUUCUUUGCUUUUUGUACAAAAUGUAUCUGGCGAGGGAAUUGUGCUAGAAGAAGAUCCGUACAUCGAGGAAGGUACAUGUGUAUUACAGUCAAUCUCAAUUGGCAUUAUAACUUUGUACUGAUAUUUGUCGAAUGCUUACUAAAAUUAAAGUGGUAGUGAUCCUAAGUUUCAAGCCAAACUAGUUACGCACUUCUUAAGUACAGAAUGAUUGUUCAAUUUUGUGAAUAAACAAAAUCAGUAAUUUUUUGGUUAAACUUAUCGGCUCGGUCGUUUUGUGAAUGUUAGCUAUUGUCUUUCCUAACCUCAGCUGUGGCAAAUACUAUUUUUAGUUAAGAUUCCUCGAACCGACUAAAGUAUAGUUAAUUACAAUACUUUCGUUAGAUUUUCAAGUAGCGCGGCCUUUAAACCUUAAUGUAUUUGGUGGUAAUGCACCUUCGGAAAAAAAAAGCGGCGCGAAAAUCUUUUCGCGGGAAGCGACUUCAAGUCCAAGUUUAUAUAUUGCCGCCACUUCCUGAACAAAAUCCCAGCGUUUUAAUUUCGACAUCAAUUAAGUGAUAUAAAACUGGAGAGAAUAACAAUACAUAUUGAUAUACUUAGAAGUCCUCUGCGGGAGCUGGGAGUUCGGGACUAGCUUAAUGAGUCAUCUAUUUAUUAGUUAAAAUACUAGUCCUGUGGAUAUACCAACAGGCCACCGCAAGAAUUUUUAGACUGAUUUUAAGACCUUUUUAGUGCGUAAUACGUUCGAGUAAAGGCUUUUUUAAAGUUUUGUUAAACAUUUAUAAAUGAAUAUUUGCGGAGAAGUCACAAGUACUACUGAUUUUGUUACUUCGAAUCCGUAGGAUUUUGAUACAAACUAACAACGCAAAGACGAGUCGAGGUGUGCCUCGUUUUCCAUGCAUCCGCUUUGCCUUUGUCGACUUAAUUUUAUAUCAUCCCCUCCUUAGUAUAGAAUAAAAAAUAUAAACACGUAUUUUUACUUCCUUUAGACGCAGCUUCGCUUGAAGAUAAUUGUAAGUACCGUACUGUAAGCCGAUGUAAAUUGUACUUUUGUCUGACAUUUUCUCACUUUAAGACUGUUUUAUCUCGAUUAAUGACGAAAAUUGUGACUGCUUAGUUUUUUCAGAUCCAAACUGAAAAAUGUGUGCUUUGAAAUACUAGCCUCCUUCCUACGUUAUAUAACGAAGAUAUUUCUAUAUUUUCGACAGAACUCACACUUAAUGAGAGUAGAGCCUAUGAGUUGAAUAAAUGGCUAUUUGUGUCAGCAUCCCGCCAUUGUUUGCAACCAGUAGUUAAUAGGGAUUGGAAGUAAAAUACCCGUUAAUUAGCUUGCAAGAUACGACUGACUUAAGUUCCUUUAAAACGGGCAACGAAAAGAUGGAACUUGUUUUGAAAUAUUGCUGCAAAACGAGUUGAAUAAGCGCUGUUGUGCAUUUUACAACCCAUGUUCAAACAAAUCAGGUUGUUGCAGGUUGCUAAGAGUUGUCGCAUAAAGUAGAGGGUACCUUCUACUUAUCGCAACAAAAAUCUGUACUCGUUGCGCGUUUUACCGGCCCGAAGCAAACUUGUUUUGCAGCGAAUGGCGUAAAUUUAACUCCGUGAUUCCCGCGUAUUUAUUCUAAUCAGAGGUCAGUAUUUUCGCAACUUACAAUGACCUGAUUUUUUGCAGGAAAGGUUUGAACGUGGGCUGUAAAACGCGCAACAUCGCUUUUCAACUCGUUUUAAAGCCGAAUGUUUCCAAAUAUAUUGUUACGUUUUAGUUGCCCUUAUCACCGAAGCUUUAUAGAAAUGAUCAAUAGUGGUUCAUAUGAUAGUUUCAGGAGAUGAGGUAUCCUGUCCAGAACUUCCAGCCUGCCGCUACUUUGUGAAAUUUUGUUGGAGCACAAAACACCAUUGGUACGAUUUUGUCAUUGAGAACUGCCAGAAGACCUGUCGGCUAUGCUGAAAUAAUUUUAUAAG